UUACACUUGGCACAAUGCAGUCAGGCAAGUACCGUUCUCCUGGCAAAUGCCAAACCUAGACACGUCCAUCGGAUUGCCAGACAGAAAAGUGUGAUUCGUCACUACAGAGGACACGUCUCCAUUGAGUCCAGCCACUGAAGGCUAAUCUGAAGUUCCCAGUUACUUCCACUAUUUUAUAAUACCACUAACAGUUGACCAUGAAACAUUUAGGAGCAAGGAAAUUUAAUGGAUGGACUUAUUGCACAAAUGGCAACAUAUCACGGUACCACGCUUGAAUUCACUGAGCUCCUGCGAGCGACCCAUUCUUUCACAAAUGUUUGUAGAAGCAGUCUGCAUGCCUAG